ACUCCAAGCUGAGAUCAACAGAUAGGAUGCUGGGCCUCAGCUUCUUGUCCACACUCCUCCUCCUGCUUCUCGUCUACCCCCCUCCACUGUUUGCCCAGGAGGUGCUUGUUCGUCUGGCAGGCGUCGGCCGGCGCAAUGCAAACGAGGGACGUGUGGAGGUGCUCUACAAUGGAGCAUGGGGCACAGUGUGUGAUGACGAGGUGGAUCUAAACCUGGCCAAUGUGGUGUGCCAACAGAUGGGCUUUCAACGCGGCUUGACCUGGGCGCACAGUGCCAAGUUUGGUGAGGGGCAAGGUUUGAUCUGGUUGGACAAUGUGCGCUGUAUGGGCACAGAGGCCUCUAUCGCAGACUGUCGCUCCAAUGGUUGGGGAAUCAAUGACUGCACUCACGCUGAGGACCUGGGGGUCAUUUGCAGCCCAGAGCGGAGACCAGAUUCCCCCACUGUCUCCGCGCCGGAGACUCCUUCCUCCUCCAUGCGCCAGCCAAGGCAGCAAAGACAGAGAACCCCACCACCACAGCAGCCAGAGCCUGUGCCUUCGCCAGGCCAAAUCCCCUCAUCUUCUGCAAGAGGCCAUGAGAUCGCCCUCCAUCGCAACCCAACAUCUUCCCGUCGCAGCAUCCUCUCGCCGCAGGAGAAUGGCCACGAGAUCCGGAUCUUGCAAAGGAAUCGAGGUGGUUCCAGAGCAAGCCCGCAGACGAGCCCAGCUCUGCCACAAGGGCACCAGCUACCUUCACGUCUGGUCAACGGCGCCGCCUACAGGCAGAGACAGGAGACAGCGAGGAACAGUCCACAGGCCAUGAGACGAGAAGCGGAGGGACAGGUGAACAGGCAGUCUCAACCCCAGUCUGAGCGGAGGAAUCAGCAGCUCAGCGGGAACCACGUCGAACCAGAGCAUGGACUGGGAACUGAUGUCUACUACACACAGGUGUCUGACAGGGUUCACUUAGAGGAGGCUCGCCUACGGCCUGUGCUGUCCAGCAACCACGGCGGCCUCGUGACGGAAGGAGUGCUGGAAGUGAAGCAUGCUGGGAGGUGGCGUCAUGUGUGUAACCGGGGCUGGGACCUGAGCAGCAGCCGUGUCGUCUGUGGCAUGUUAGGAUUCCCUGAUGCAGAAGUGUUUGACCAAAACGCCUACAGGAAACUGUGGGACACCAAGAUAGCUGAUCCGUCCUCGAGGCUGAGGACGCAGACCAGUAAGAAGGCCUACUGGGUGGAGAAGGUGCAAUGUCAGGGCGUGGAGGUCUCUCUGGCCCAGUGCCAGGUCCAGCUGUCCCUCCCCAGGAGUGAUGUCCCAUGCCGCGACGGCAUGUACGCUGUGGUCCGCUGUGUCCCCGGAUCCCAGUUCACACGAUUUGGCCGAGCACCUGCACCACCUGCCGUGACGCCCGUUGUGCGUCUGAAGGCGGGGCCCCGGAUCGGGGAGGGCCGUGUUGAGGUGCUGAAGGAGGGGAAGUGGGGCACUGUGUGUGACCAUCUCUGGGACAUUGCUGCAGCCAGCGUGGUCUGCAGAGAGCUGGGCUUUGGGACGGCCAAAGAAGCGCUCACACAGGCUCAGCUGGGACAGGGUACCGGCCUCAUCCACAUGAACAGUGUGCAGUGUACCGGCAGGGAGAAGUCGAUUACAGCGUGUACCUACAAACAGGUGCCGCUUUACACCUGCAAGCACAACCAGGAUGUAGCGGUCCGCUGCAACGUGCCCAACACUGGCAUGCAGACCAAGGUGCGUCUGGCAGGAGGCAGAGAGCCAUCAGAGGGCCGCGUGGAGGUGCUGAUAGAGGUCGGAGGGGCGAAACGUUGGGGCUCCCUCUGCAGUGAGAACUGGGGCAUCAACGAGGCCAUGGUGGUCUGUCGGCAGCUUGGCUUGGGCUUCGCUUCAAGAGCUCAUCAGGAGACCGUGUACUGGCCAGGUUCUUCAGAUGCUGGCGAGGUGGUUUUGAGUGGAGCUCACUGCGUCGGCACUGAGAUGUCUAUCCAGCAGUGUCGCAGAAACACCAACGUCUACUGUCCCAGAGGAGGACAUGACAGGGCCGCAGGAGUCACGUGUGUAGAAACUGCUCCUGACCUUGUCCUGGAUGCUCAGCUUGUCCAGGAGACGGCUUACCUGGAGGACCGACCCCUCCACCUGCUGACCUGUGCUAAUGAGGAGAACUGCCUUUCCACUUCUGCCGCCAGGAUGAACUGGCCCUACGGACACCGCCGCCUGCUGCGCUUCUCCUCCCGAAUCAUGAACAUGGGGCGUGCCGACUUCCGACCCCGAGCCACCAGAGAAAGCUGGACAUGGCACCAGUGUCACAGGCACUACCACAGCAUUGAGGUGUUCACCCACUAUGACCUGCUGACGUUCAAUGGGACCAAGGUGGCUGAAGGUCACAAGGCCAGCUUCUGUCUGGAGGACACCUACUGCCCUGAAGGUAUCCACAAGCGCUACGCCUGCUAUAACAUGGGACAGCAGGGUAUCUCAGUGGGCUGCUGGGACACCUACCGCCACGAUAUUGACUGCCAGUGGAUCGACAUUACGGACAUACGACCUGGUGAAUACAUCUUCCAGGUGGAGGUCAACCCGUCCUUAGACAUGGCUGAGUCCGACUUCCAGAACAACGUGAUGCGCUGUCGGUGCAAGUACGAUGGAGAACGGGUGUACAUGUUUGGAUGCCACGCAGGUGACGCUUACAGCGCCGAGGUGGAGGACUUGUUUGACCACCAACGUCAGAUCUCCAACAACUUCCUGUGAAUUAAGGAACACAGAGAAUUAAGGACAGAACAACUGCACAACUCGUCACCACACCUCAAGAUGUCCGGGGAGAGAGGUUGAAUUACGAUGACAUGCCAGUAAAGAGAAAGAUGAGGGUCAGAGGGUGGGAAACUGGGACGGUAUGAGAAAGACUGUUCCUGUUAGAAAGUCGAGGAGAUUAAAGGAGUAAUGGAGGAAGAGGAAAAGACAAAAAAAAGUAGAAAAAGACCAGUUUGUCCCCAUGAUAAAAAGUAGAGUAGUUAUUUAAAAAAUGCGUCUUGAAGUUUUUAACAAAUGUAAUUCCCUUAAAAAACCUUAACCACAGUUAAGAACGUAAUGACAUGAAGGCACAAGAGAACCACCCAUCCUUUACUUUCACAGUACACCAUCCCACACAAUAUCAACCCAGGAACACACUGUCAACACAACUCUGUACAUGCUUUACCGCGCUCUCACGGUUCACAUUACUAAAGCAGUAUUCAGUUACAACUGUGGGGUUUUUGGUUUGAAUGAGAAGAUUUUUAUUUCAUGGUGCUAUUUUGCCUUAUUUGAAUAAAUAUUGUAAUGUAUUGCAAAUGUAUUGUCAUGUACAGUUUUAUAUUACCUCUCUGGAAUAUUGUGCUUUAGGUCUCUAAUUUAUGCAAACAUUUCAAUGUACUUUUGAGUUGAAACUUGUCCCUGUGUGGCUGUGUUUUGUAUUGUUGAUUUUAUUAUGACAAACAUUUUCACGUGUUUCUUUUUCACCUGUUUAACAUCGGUAACAUCAGAUGAGAUGUGGUUGUACCACGGCAUUACGCCUUUAACAGUACUUGGUAAUGGUAGUAAAAUAAUAAAUGUCAGAUUGACAAACUCUAUGGU